GCGUUCGUACCCCCGCGUUCCUCCCCCCUCUCCGCGCCAGAUCCAAUCGGAAUUUUUCAAAGCUCAUUGCCCCAGCGAUCCGUCGAAACCCUAGCCCACGCUUCCGCCAUGUCUGCCGCCGUCGCCGGCCCCGUCCUGCGCGAGGACGACCGGGGGAUCCCCCGAUCCCUCCCCCUCCUCGCGACGCUCGUGGAUGCGGAGGCCCGCCGCUACGCCGCCACCGCUGCAUCCCGACCCGCCGAGACCGGCCUCCUCCGCGCGUUCCGCGGCGGCGCCGCCCCCAAGGUCCCGAUCCGCGCCUUCCUGGAGCGGAUCCACCUGCUGACGCGGUCGAUGCCGUCCACCCGGAGCAUGGUUCGGAUCGACGGCACCUGCUUCGUGCUCGCCGGCAUCUACCUGACUCGCUUCGUCCGCAGCCCCGCCGGCAGGGAGGCGGGGAUCCUGGUGGAGCCGGCCACUGCGCACCGCCUGCUGGCCGCCGCUGUCUUCCUCGGCGCCAAGUUCGGCGGCCACCCUCCCAGGAGGUGGACCGCGGUGUUCGAGGCCAGCUCCGAAGGCGCAAUCCGCGCCGGCGAGAUGCCGGAUCUUGAGGGCUGCUUCCUGCGCGCCAUCGGGUUCCGCCUCUUCGUCGACAGCGAUGGGUUCGACGGGUUCUGCAAGGAUGCGAGUAGAAGAUGCCCAAGGUGGAGAAGGCGUCGUCCUGCGUCAGUCUCGGGAGCGUGCCUGCAGGGGAGUCAAACAAUUCUUAUAGUUUUAGUUUUAGCCAAGUUGUUUGAGGCACUGUUGGCUGCUUUUCAUUGUUCGGCUGUCUAUUUGUCUGCAGGUGUUCGAUGCUGCGAGUAGAAGAUGUCCGGGGUGGAAAGGCGUCGUUCAGCGUCUGAUCAAGGUUCAGCUGCUCGUCGCCAAAGUUGCCGGAGUCUGGAGUGGGGGAGUCAAGCAAAUCUUUUGUUUAGCCAAGGCUGUUUGAUCCACUAUUGGCUCAGUGAAACACUUCAUUUGUCCGAGGUGGAGAAGGCGUCGUUCAGCGUCUGGUCAAGGUUCAGCUUCUCGUCGCCAAAGUUGCCGGAGUCUGGAGGGGGGGGGGGGGAGUCAAGCAAAUCUUUUGUUUAGCCAAUGCUGUUUGAUCCACUAUUGGCUCAGUGAAAGACUUGGAGUCAAUAAAAAGGGCACAAUACUGUGUUUGUACGUUGAAGUUCUAGUGCUUAAGUCUGUUGGAGCUACUGCCAACUCUGUGUUAGUGCAGUACCCUAUUUACUUGUGAUUAGGAUGUGGUUCUUCAGUAAUGGAUUUCUAUCUGAUCCUUUUCUUCUGAGUAAGACUUUCAGAUCAUUAAAAGGGGGAAUAAAGUGUUGCUCUGUCUGUAUGGUCUCA